CAGAACCAACACUCUUCAUUCUUACUUUCCGUUUUUCAUUUCCGAUGGUAGUGGCGUCACAGAAACACAAAUUAUAAAUAAUAAAAUACAAUAAGGAACGCAAUAAACCUUCGAACAAUAUAGACUCUCGCGCUUCAAAUGAGUAAUUUGGACAUAUACGUCAAGUAACAGGAUACUCGCGGAAUCGAAUGGCAAAACUAAGCAACAACUUAAUUUUUAAAAGUUCAUUAAACAGGAAAUCAUAAAGUGUGUUUGAAAAUUACACUCCAGAGUAAUAAUCUAUAUUUAUAAAGCCGGGAUAACUGUCUGACAUGAAUUCUAAUAUGAUCGUAUACUGUUUCGUUUCUGUUCUGGUCGGGUUAUGUGUCGUCUCGUCCUACCCGCUGGAUGACUGGUCAGUGGCAGCAGCUAUGGGCGACCCAUACACAGACUCCGGCUCCGAGGUGCUCUUCGAUGACGCCCCGAUGUCGCAAUACGACCCCGCCGUGCUCGCCUCCCGCCCAUACGUGCCGCUCUCCAGUGGAGUGGCCAUGCUCUCCAAGCGAGCACAAUCACAAGGAUCAGCCAGAAAGCGCGCCACACUGAGCCAGCUUCUUCGAAGACUUAUGGCAUUAUACGGUGAUGACGACAUUCACUUCUCUGGGCGGUCAUCUCAUGUUCGCUUUGGGGCAGGUGGUCGAUGAUUUCAACUGAUCACAUCAAAACAUCAACAACUUAAAAUAACCAGAUUUGUGUGUAACGAACAUGCACAAUGUUGUACAUAUCAAUAAGUGUGUGCUUCUGUCUCUUUCAGAAAUUAUGAAGGACAAUUGUAUAAUUUCAGGACUGUCACGACUCAUAAAAAACAAAUCGAGAUAUAGAUUUAUUAUCAGUUAUCGAUUUGUAUAUACUCAAUUGUGCAAUCAACUUUUAUCUUAAGAUAUAUUCAUAUCAUGCUACAUUUCUUGAUUGACUUCAUAUGGCAAUCAACAGAAGAACCUUUAAUUCAACUGUUUCUUGUAAUUGAUGACUGGCAGUCAGUCCUGGAAUUUAACGACAUGCCUUUGAACUGAAAGCUGCAAUUAUCUGCAUUAAAUUGCUGUCAACAACAGUUGGGAAACUUGAAAUAAAAACUUAA